AAUUUAUCUGAUCAUAUGAAUCUUUCAAUUUUUCGGAUCAAUUUUGUAGCUAAAAAUAAUACAUAUGACAAUACGGAUUUGAAUCCCCUUGCAUUUAGUAUGAAAAAUAUCGUGAAUUUCGCGCACUCAUCUCAUACCAAUUCAAAUCUUUACUUUCCCAAAUCAGCUUAUCCAAACAGCCCUUUAUUCUUUUCGGAACUGCAUAAUCUCAAACUGAAUGCAGCUAUAAAUACUCAUAAACACCUCAACUCUUGCUGCAUACUAUUAUAGAUUUAUUAAUUUUUUUAUUUAUUAAUAAGCGUCGACUCUCCUAAGUCCUAAACCGCAAGCCAGCAAUCCCGCCACAGAUCAUCAACCAUGACCGGCCGCACCAUCCGCCCUCGACUCCUCCGCCGCCUGAAAUCCGGCGCGCGCACCUCCACCACCGCCGUCCUGCCGGGGAACGUCGCCGCCGAUGCCUUGCCGCACGCGGCGGCGGUGGCGGCGGCGGCCGACGACCACGGCCUGAACCUCGCCGACACGAAGGAGCUGUUCUCGUCCGUCCCCACCGUGAAGCUGCUCCGGUCGCUGGUGACGCUCCGCCUCGCCGCGGCGGCGCCGGUGGCCGAUCUCGGCCUGUGGAUCAUGAAAUCCAGGUUGAUGGACGACCCGCUGUGCAGGAAGGUGGUGCUCGGGAUCACGGAGCGGACCUUCUACCGCCAGUUCUGCGCCGGCGAGGACCUCGCGGCGGCGAACGCGACGGCGCGGGAGCUCUGGGAGUCCGGACGCACGGCGAUGCUGGAUUACGGGUUGGAGCACGCCGACGACAACGAAUCGUGCGACGUCAACAUGGAGGAGUUCAUCCGCACCAUCGAUUCCACGAAAUCCGUCGACGAAUCGCCUAUAAGCUUCGUGGUGGUGAAGGUCACGGCGAUCUGCCCGCCGCGCAUACUGAAAAGAGUGAGCGAUUUGCUGAGGUGGCAGCACAAGGAUAAAUCGCUGAAUCUGCCGUGGAAGCUAAAAUCGCUGCCUCUCCUCGCCGAUUCCAGCCCCUUGUACCACACGCCGGAGCGGCCGGCGGCGUUAACCGCCGAGGAAGAGCGUGAUCUCGAUCUCGCAUACGCGAGGAUGGCGAAGAUUUGCAGGAACAGCAUCGACGCGAGCCUCCCGAUCCUGAUCGACGCGGAGGACACCGCGAUCCAGCCGGCGAUCGACUACUUCACGUACGCGGCGGCCGUGGAGUUCAGCCAGGGCGGCGACGACGACGAGCCGCUGAUAUUCAACACCGUUCAAGCCUAUUUGAAGGACGCCAAGGACAGGCUGGUGAUCGCCAAAAAAGCCGCCGAUCAAAUGCAGGUCGGCGUCGGGAUCAAGCUGGUGAGAGGCGCCUACAUGGCCUCCGAAAACCGACUCGCCGAUUCUCUCGGGGUCCAGUCCCCGGUUCACGACACCAUCCACAACACCCACGCCUGCUACAACGACUGCGCGGAUUUCAUGCUGCACCAGAUCGCCGGCGGCUCCGGCUCCCUCGUGCUCGCCACGCACAACAUGGAGUCAGGCAAAAUGGCGGCUGCGAAAGCGGUGGAUUUGGGAAUCGACAAGGGCAGCGAGCGCCUCCAUUUCGCUCAGCUGUAUGGAAUGGCGGAUCCUCUUUCGUUCGGGCUGAGAAACGCCGGAUACAGAGUGAGCAAGUACUUGCCCUACGGCCGCGUCGAGCAGAUCAUUCCGUAUCUUCUCCGGCGGGCGGAGGAAAACAGAGGACUCCUCUCUGCCUCCUCAUUUGAUAGAGCGCUCAUGAGGAAUGAACUCAUUCGCAGGCUAAAGUCGCCGCCAAGUGACCGGAAAACUAUACAGAUUCCUAGUUCCGACUAAUUGUGUAGAGAUGACAAUGAAGAUGAAUAUGAUGAAGAUGAUGAUGUUUAUGGAAAUUGCAACUGCAAAGAAUUGUAAAUAGAUUUCAGAGGAGACAAGGAUUUCUUUUCCAAAUGUUGAAAAAUAUGUAGGAAGGUCCUUGUCCCUCUCAAGUUCCAUUAAUAACCCAUGAUUCAUGCCAUGGUCCUAGCAAGCUCUUCUCAACUUUUUUUUUUCUGUUUUUUUUUAGGGUAUUUGAGUCAUUGUCGAUGAGUAUUGUAAAAUUUGGUUCUUGGCUCAAUUCAGAUGUGAAAUUUGUGGCAAGAAUUUUACUA